CAAGUUCCUUGCCUGCAUCCAUGGAUUUACAGAGGCGCUGUCCUCCCCGAUCUCUUGGUUUCGGCCACACGAGCGGUUCAAAUGGCAGACAUCUGGCCAUCAUUUACGCGCGCGCACACACGCACUCUCUCUGGAGCCCUCCGGGCAUUCGCACGCGAGUAAGGCGGCACAUCGUGGUCGAGCCACACGGCACUUCGUCUCUCCACCACCUCCACCACCCUCCUCCACCGGGCGUCCCUCCACCACGUUGCCAUUCAACCCUCUCUCGCCAGGCACGGCACCGUUGGCAAGGUUGGUUGCCUCGCAAGCCUCAGUCGCGCCAACAACCUUCCUCGCGCCCGCCCGGGGCUCCCAGCGCCCCAUGUCGCCUCUCCAUCUCCCUACGCUCUUCUCCACGUUCGCCGCCACGCAGCUCAUUAUGGCCCGCAUGCGUUCCCGCCCCUGACGCCCCGUCCUGGCUCCAUCUUGGCCGACAGAGUGCCACUUGUUGAGAUGGUGCUUGAGUUGAACGCCUCCUUCCCGUUGGGCGAGCAUCUACCACUGAACAUGGUCGCCCGCCGUGCCUGCCAUGGUUUCCCCAUGGCUUGGCAGGAUCGUCGUUCGAGGGCUCUUCUCCUUGCUUGUCCACUUGUUGGCCCCUUUGGUUCGUCUCUUUGCUAUUCUCCCCUUUACUCUUGAAUCUUCGUCAUUGCCGAAAUCCAUCCUCCUUCCUCCCGGUGCGCGGCUUGAGGUUGCUGUCCUUGGCAUGUCUCUGUACUGUCUUAGUCCCAGCAUUGCCAUGUAGACCGCUAGGUGAGGUCAUCACGAACCCCUUUAUCUCUUCGGCCGCCAGCCAGCUGCCAGCCAUGAACCGCGCCCGUCGCGGGCGCCAUGCCUCGCCGCCUGCGCGCUUCCUCGCCUGCGGCUUCGUGUGCCGUCUGCUCGGCCUUCGCCGCCUCGUCGUCGCUGCGGCGAACCGCUUCGCAAACCGGCGCUUCGUCUUCUCCUUCGCUGCCGUCUCCGCUCUGGUCGCAAAGUCGGUUCACAUUUACGCUCAUGCCUCAGCCCUGCCGACGGUCCAUCUCGUCCACUGGGGUUACACCUUCUUCGCACAAGACAUGGCGUUGUUGGUCUUUGUGCGCCUGCUUCUGGAUGGCGCCUUGCUUGCUGCCGCGGCCUGGUUGCGUUGCCUCGCUACGUUUCUCGCUGUCGUGGUCGUUACAUACGCCGCGACGCUGUCGACUAUAAAUGUCUCCUUCUUCGUCGCGGCUGGCUCCGAGAUACACUGGCGCAAUGUUGGCUUCGCGGGCGAUGCCGCCUCCCGCGCCUUGCUACUUACCGGCGCCGUGUCCCUGUUACUCGUCCUGCUUGCAUUUAUAGCGGCUGCAUGGGCUUUUCAAGAUGUGGCUUAUGGCCUUGCGGGCUGUGCAGCUGAUAUUCUCAAGCUGCCGUUUACAUACCACAAAGUGGUGGUACCCUGGCAGACGGCGGGGUACUCUCGACUGUCCCAGAAGGAUGUCGAAGGCGGAAAGUUCGGCGACGAAGCUGCAUACGGACUGAACAGGGAAUGCGCCUGGAACAGCAUCAAAACGUGGCCAUGGCUGCUCAUCUGGCGCGUAAUUACGUACGCGCUCAUCGGCGGCGCGUUUCUGGCGCAAGCCAUUCUCCUUGUCCUGAGGCCACACGAGAGUGCCCUGACGUUCAUGUCGUGGACGCCUGCCUUGCUUCCAUUCGUCGACUUCACAAACUCGUCCCCGAACCUCGCUAGGAUUGUGCCCGUCUACGGCUCCGGAAUCGGCCGUGAGUGGGACAACCGGACCGCCCUGGCCGAGCCGGUGUCGUUGUCGUGGCUUCCUCGAGACGGCAUCGUUCUGGGCUUUGAGGACUGGGCCAAGGGGGGCCAGAAGCACUACAACGCAGCAUCGGACCCGCUUAAGCUAUCGAAUCUCGACGAGGAGCUUUUGGAGGAGCUGCGAGGGAAGCUUGGUGGUGUGCCGAUACGACACGUGAUGGUCAUUAUGCUGGAGAGCACGAGAAAAGACGUCUUCCCCAUCAAAAAGGAUGGCUUCAUCUGGAGGCGCUUGGAAGAGUCGUUUGGCAACAAGACGUUGCCAGAGAGAGCACAGCGCAGGCUCGCGACCUUGAGCCCUACGGCCAGGUCCCUGACCGGUGACUACGACGAUGGGUUCGCACGAGGCGAACGGGACAAGAAGCCACGGGGCGGCAUCAACUUCAACAACGCAUAUUCUACCUCGACAUAUACCAUAAAGAGCGUAGCCGGAACACUCUGCGGAGUCGCGCCUCUUGUCGCCGACUUCAAUCUCGAAUAUCGACAUCACAUCUAUCAACCCUGCCUGCCCCAGAUUCUAGACGCCUUCAAUGGCCUUGACAGGCGCCGCAAGGACGACUUUACGACUUUCAAGUGGCGAUCGACAUACCUCACGUCGGUCAUUCUUUAUUACGAUAAGCUGGAGCUCCUCAUGACGUCAAUGGGUUUUCCCGAGGAGAACCUCAUUGGCAAGGAGUACCUCAAGGGGUCAUCCGCCAAGUUUGGCCCUGUGAACCUCCCGGACAUCAACUACUUUGGCAUGGCAGAGGUCUGCCUCGAAGACUAUAUCCGUGAUGCCUUUGCGUCGGCGAAAGAGCAUGACGAGCGCGUCUUCCUGACGCACCUGACGAGCACGAGCCACCACCCGUUUGCGAUGCCAGCUGAUGAAGAAUAUGUCCCGCUCGGUCAGGGGCUAGACGACUUAUCGCAUUACGUCAACGCCAUCGGCUAUGACGACCGCUGGUUAGGUACAAUCAUGGACGUGCUGGAAGAGGAGGGCGUGGCAAACGAGACUCUGGUCGUGUUCGCCGGCGAUCACGGCCUGUCGCUGCCUGAGAACGGCAAGCUCCCGACAUACUACAAUCCUAAUUCGAUCAGCAAUCACAUACCGUUAAUCAUGUCCCACCCGAGGCUACCGCCCAUCACGGUCGACACGGCGGUAUCGUCCCUGCAGGUGCUCCCGACGAUUUUGGACCUCCUCCGAGAGACGGGCUCUCUGACCGACGCGGCCAGCAAGGCGGCGGGGGACCUCAUGGGCAACUACGAAGGCCAGUCGAUGGUGCGGCCGAUGCGCAGCGACCACAAGACGGGCCCCGAGGGGACGCUGGGCGAUUGGCAGUUCACCGUGGUGAACCCGGGCUCGGCCAUGCUCAGCGUGCGAGACGCGCGGUCGGCGUACAGCGAUUGGAGGCUCGUGGUGCCGGUGGUGGACAAUGUUGAGUGGCGGUUUACGAACCUCGACGAGGACCCGGCCGAGAAGCACCCGACGGUCAGUUUUGAGUUUGAGGCGUUCGUGCGCAAUGUCGAGAAGAGGCACGGCGAGCGCGCGGCGCGGUGGGCGGAAGAAGGUGCCUUUGUGUCGCGCUGGUGGGUUGAGGAGAAUAGCAAGCGUUGGCGUUAUGGGCCGUACGGCGAUUAGACCAGUACUGUCUAGAGCGGGCGACGAGACCAAUCUAGAACUCACAGCAUAGAAUCAUGUCACUGGUUUCGUCACCAUCGCAAGA